UGCGGGCGGCCAUCGUGACAACAGCAACGUGUGCGGCAAGGCAACGCGCGGAGACGCACGUUUUGCGGAGGCUCCGGCUGCCGAGUGCCGCCGUUCCGUUGCUGUCGCUGCGAAAUUCGCUGGCGUCGCCCAAUCCUGCGGGCGUCAAUGGGCAUCCAGACGCGAACUCGAGGCCGCUGUACGGUGACAAUAUGUGCGUCGGCCCGCUGAAGAAGAUGUGUCAUUGGGGACCGCUCUCCGCGCUGGCAACGAUAAAGAUAAUUACAUUGAUGACGAUACACUGUAGCAGACAAUGGUGGCCGCCGCAAGACAGUAUCCCAGGAGCAGCCAGUUUCUUGCUGUUCUUCACUCUCAGUGGAUUGACUUUAUUUCAUUUUAUCAGCGCGAUUUUCGAAGGACCUGGAUACCUCGCAUUAAAAUGGAUGCCGGAGAAAGCUACAGAUAUACAAUACCUGCAAUACUGUACAGUCUGCCAAGGUUACAAAGCACCGAGAUCACAUCAUUGUAGAAAAUGUAAUCGUUGUGUGAUGAAAAUGGAUCAUCAUUGUCCAUGGAUAAAUACGUGCGUUGGACAUUGUAAUCAUGGGCAUUUCACAGCAUUUUUGGCAAGCGCAGUCGGUGGUUGUUGCGUCUCUUCCGUUAUAUUAAUUUCUUGGGUAGCGACCGUACUAUCACUGAAGCCUUUGCCAUUUCCACCACCAGCGGUCUAUACAUUAAUAUUAGUAGUAUUUAGCAUUGGUUUAUCCAUCGGCGUUGUACUUGCAGUGGGAAUGUUACUAUAUUUCCAGAUGUUAGCUAUUGUGAGAAAUCGGACGGAAAUAGAAGAUUGGAUUCUGGAGAAGGCUCGAUGUCGGCGAGAUGCAGAUGCCAAAUAUGUACAUCCAUAUUCAAAAGGAUGGCGUUUCAAUAUUAGCCAAGUUCUUACAUGGGAUUGCACUCCCGUAGGCGAUGGCAUUACAUGGCCCAUUAUUGAUGGCUGUGAUCAAUAUACAUUAACGAGAGAGCAGCUUGCACAAAAAUUAGACAAACGGAAACGAGCACGCAAAUACAGGAUUAUAAAAGCUGCAUCAGGAGCCAAGUUUCCAAUUGGACACGGUUGCGGUGUAUUUUUUCAUCCACUUUGUACCGAUGAACCUCGCAUCAAGUUGGAUAUAGAUGAUAUUGUGAUAGUAACACGUUGGAAAAAAUAUUGGUUAUUUGGAGAAAAAGAACAGAAGGAAGGAGAAGAUGCAAAAUCGAAACGUAUAAGGGGAUGGUUGCCGCGGCCCUGUGCGGUGGAAGUAAUUGAAAAAUCUGUAUGGCUUAGAUAAUUUGAUCAAAAAACCAACGAUUUAUUAGUUUUUAAAAAUCUGUGUCACAAUAUUUAUGAGGAAACAUUUAGCUGAUAAAUUUAGCGUCUUUUUAUAGUAAAAGCUGUGCAGAAUACGCGUCAUUUAUAGAACAUUGUAUAUUCCAUGCCUAUUUGUGUUCAAAUCAUAUAUUUUUUUGAUAUUUACCUCAAACCACUCAAUAGAUUAAGAGAUAUAUUUCCUACAUUAUAACAUUCUUCUUUAUAAAUAAGAAAAAUAUAUUGUAUAUAUACUUUUACUUAUUGAGAGAUUCUCCGGUGACUUGCUAGCACAGUUUUGUUAUACAAUAUACAUGUAAUUAUAUAUAUAUUUGUAUAAUUUAAUAAUAUUACAUACAUAUACAUAUAACUUAAGUUACAUUUAUACAUAUAAUUAUAAAAAAUUUAUAAAAAAUACAGCAACGUGUAAAUAUCCUAUUUUUAAUAGCAACAAAUCUUGCUUUGUGAAAAACGAACUAUUUUAUAAUUAAAUAUAUUUUGAAUCAUUAACAUAA